AUGGCUGAUCUCCCUCAGUCUCGUGUAACUCCUGCUCGACCUUUCCUCCACACCGGCAUAGAUUAUGCAGGGCCUUUUACUGUUAAAAUCUUCAACCUCAAGGCAGUGAGACACAUAAAGUCAUACUUUUGUACUUUCAUCUGCCUCGUCACGAAAGCUGUACAUUUGGAAGUAGUAACAGACCUAACGACUGAAUCUUUCAUUGCUGCAAUGACUCGAUUUGUAUCUCGCAGAGGACAUUCUUCCGACAUUUACUCGGAUUGUGGGUCCAACUUCAUUGGUGCUGACUCUACCCUACGCAAGAUUGUUGGAAAAUCUCUUUAUUGUCAAGACUCCAAACGGAAGAUUCAACGAUUCUCUUCACUUAAAGGCAUCAAUUUUCAUUUUAAUCCACCAGCCGCUCCGCAUCAAGGAGGAUUGUGGGAAUCGUCUGUAAAGAAUGUGAAACAUCAUCUCCGUCGAGUAAUGGGAAACUCAGUCUUAACACUCAUUGAAUUCAUCACAUUGUUGACCCAAAUCGAAGCAAUGCUCAAUUCCCGACCACUGACACCUCUUUCAAAUGAUCCUUCGGAUCUCGCAGCACUGACUCCCGCACACUUCCUGAUUGGUGCACCCCUCACAGCAGUACCUGAACCUAAUCUCCUGACAGUUCCUGAAAACCGUCUCAAGCAAUGGCAGCUAGUUCAAGCAUUUCAUCAACGCAUAUGGCAUAGAUGGCACCUAGAAUACUUAAACAACUUGCAACAACGUACCAAGUGGACUCGGAAAUCAAAAAAUCUUGAAGUGGGUGACCUUGUUCUGGUACAUAUGGACUCACCACCUCUCUCGUGGCCUCUCGCUCGAAUUACAGCAGUUCAUCCAGGGGCUGAUGGGGUUGUGCGAGUGAUAGACUUAAAAACAUCAAGUGGCAACCUCGGAAGAUCUGCCCACAAAGUGUUUCCCCUGCCAACUGUGGAUUCGUGA